AUGUCCGAUUCAAACAUUCAACAGCGUACCCCCACCAAGGGCAAAAAGCUCUCUAGCCAGAGUCGGUACGAGCGCACCAGAUCGCGCACACAAGAAGGAAGCGCCCUCGGCCAACAGGAGUUUCUCAAAGCAGUCGACGACUUACACGUCCAAAUGGCAAGGGAAGUGGAAUCCAACAUCAUAGGCCCUAUGCCCGUCGAGACCUUUCUUGAUGAAUUCGUCCGAAGCGAGAAGGGAUUGAAGCUGGCUUGCAGCGACCAAUACCCUGCCUCGUUUUUUGACACUGUCCCCACCACCGCCACUGAUACCCAACGAAACAGUUGGAAAAGUGCGAGAAAAACGCGACAGGCCAAGUUCAAGAAAUGCGGAAAGGAAAAGGGAAUGGCUGAACCCUGGGUAUGUCAAAUCUCUGUGUCUGUUGAUAGUCCGACUAAGCACCGCACCUUUGACCAGGCCCGUAGACUUAAUACCCUGAUGCCCCAGUACAAAUCGGUCAACUCGUCUGAUUCGCCCGACGCCCAAUCCGACUGGGAUAAGAAGUGGCGACCGGACGUUUCCACCUACAAGAAGCCAGAAAAGGGCUCCUAUGGGGCGAGUAAAAUACUCAAGGGUUUUAAGGAGACCCAGCUGGAUAGGGUCGAACUUGUCACAGAGAUCAAAACCACCAAGAAUGCAGUUCAGGCCUUCCAAGACGCCGUUCACAAGAAUGCCAACCCGAAGGAGCACGAGUUUCUCCUCGAUGGUAAAGGGGCAGAGCUUUUGCGUGGAAAGGUGGCGACCAUGGCUACGGAAGUUCUCAACCGCCAACAUCGCACUUGCUUCUUCAUGGUCCUCAUCACGGACCCGCACGCCCGCCUUAUUCGUGUCGACAGGGCAGGUAUCGUUGUCUCUGCAGCAAUCCAAUUCCGCAUCGACCCCCUUCCACUCAUCGACUUCUUUCUCCACUUCAACAACCUCUCAAGAGAGGGUCGCGGACUAGACCCGACCGUGCGUGAUCCUACCCUCAAGGAACAGGCCAUCGCCCACGAAAAGCUCUCAGCCCCGAAGGAUGGACGCGGAGUGAAGGUCAUCGCGGUUCCUGGUAACGGACAGGGCGAGUCUUCUCGCGAGGUGCUCGCCUAUCGACCCAUGGUGGACGCAGCAUCUUUGACAGGGCGGUGCACCAGAACAUACAAGGUCUGGGACCUCAAAGACAAUGUCUUUCGUUUUUUGAAGGAUACGUGGCGGCCUGACACGGAGGAUUCGGAGAAGGAGUCUGCCGUCUUAAGGGAGCUGAAGGAGCACGGCGUCCCUCACAUCCCCGACCUGAUAUGUGGCGACGAUAUUGAAGGCAACGUGACACGAACACAAGAUUUCCUCGACGCUCCUUGGGUCGGCGCACGGAAACGCAAACCUAUCGAUCCACGGGUUAAUCAUCGGUUGCUCGAGAAUCUAGUGCCACGUUUUCUCGAAGACUGCAAAAAUAUCCGUGGUGUCUUCCAAGUCAUAUACGAUGCGCUUGUCGCUCACCAGAAGGCCUAUGAAUGCGGGUGGUUGCACCGCGACAUUAGCGACAAUAACGUUUUGGUUCUUGAAUUCGAGGACAGAGGUGUCCUUGCCGACUGGGAGCUUGCCAUUCGCGUCAAGGAUAGAAAUGACGAACCCGUCGAUCGGUCGAAACGUCCUCAUUAUAGAACCGGCACAUGGGAUUUUAUGUCGAUCAAGCUCCUCAGUUCAUUGGACGCCGCUCACACUGUCCUUGACGACUUGGAGUCUUUCUUUUGGCUCGUCCUGCAUGUCAGCAUACGAGUCGUCCCCAUUCAGUCGCGCUUAGCGGACGUGAAUACUAUUAUGAAAGAUCUCUUUCACGCCUCCUCCUGGGAUUCUAACACCCGUUCAUUCUUUGGCGGCGGUUACAAAGAACACUGUCUGCUCAUCGAUGGAGGGUCCACCUCCUUCAGCAAUCUGACAUUCCCCGGCAACAAGGCACUUGAUUCGUGGUAUAAAAAGGUGCGACUGGCACUCCGCGCCUCCUUUACACGGUCAGCAUCCUCAGAAGAACAAUCUGGUUUUAAUCACGACUUCCUGGCUCAACAAUUCACAACUGCGCUAGAGAGUACAGAAUGGUCGAAAGAACCACUCAUGGGAAGUGAAAGCAGGGUCGUGGUAAAAGCGAAGGGUGGUCCAACGACAGCCGCCCGGGGAGCUGGGAAGCGCGAUUUGGCGACUAUGCAGGGCAGUGAUGAUGAUGUUGCCCAGCAUGGCGAGGAGGACGAUGACGAGAACCAGGGUGGGGAUGGGGACUGUGACGGGGAUGCUGAGGAAGGUCAAGGGGAGGCAGACGACGACGAGGGAGAGGACGAAGAAGCAGAGGACGAAGAAGCAGAGGGCAUGGAUGAGAGCGAAGGCGAAGGGCCAGAAGAUGAAGAUGAGGGUGCGGAUGGUAGUGGAGAGCCACCUAUGAAGAGUCUGAGCUUCUGCAACUUUAUGAGCGAGGAGGUGGUGCCUGCGGCCACAAGAGUUCUCAACCGCCAAAAUCGCAAAGCCCUUUCGUGGUUCUCUCGACGGGCCCGUAUGCCCACCUCAGCGAUUCGGAGAACGUGUGCGACCAUCGCAAGGGAGCUGAAGGAACAUGGUGUUCCUCCCACCACCAACCUCAUCUGUGGCGGCGACGAUGGCAAUGUGACAUGGAACCAAGAGGUGGUCAAAACUCCUUGGAUUGCAGGGAAAAGCAAUCAUCGGUUGCUCAAGCAUUCAGUGCCACGCUUUCUCGAAGAUGGCAAAGAUAUUCGUGGCGUCUUCCAAGCUAUAUACGAUGCAUUUCUUGCUCACCAGAAGGCCUACGAAUGCGGGUGGUUCCACGGCGACAUUAGCGACAACACUGUUCUGGCCCUUGAAUCCGAAGACAGAGGCAUCCUUGCCGAUUGGGAGCUUGUAGCUCCAGCCGCAAAGAACAGCGAACCCAUCGAUCGCUCGAAACGCCCUCAUUACAGAACCGGAACUUGGGACUUUAUGUCGAUUAGGCUCCUCAGUCCAUUGGACACUGCCCAUACUAUCCUUGACGACCUGGAGUCUUUCUUCUGGCUUGUCCUGCAUGUCGCCAUACGAGUCGUUCCCAUUCAUUCGCGCACCAAGGACGUGAAUGUUAUUAUGGACUUCCUCUUUCACAAAUCCUCCUGGAAUUCUCAGGCCCGUUCGUUCUUUGGCGGCUCUGGCAAGCAAAAUCUGGUGAUGAUCGAUCAGGACUUCUCCCCCUAUGGAGAGAUGUCAUUCCCUUGCAAUAAAGCACUUACGACUUGGUACCAAACUGUGCGGCUGGCACUCCGCGCCUCCCUUUCACGGCCAGCAUACUCAGAAGAUCAAUCUGAUUUUAAUCACGACUUCUUGGCUCAACAAUUCAGAACUACCCUCGAUAGCCCAGAAUGGUCGAACGAGCCACUCAUUGGAAGUCAAAACACAUGUGUAAUGAACGCGAACGACGAUUCAACGGCAGACGACUAUGAUGACGAGGAUGAGGAUGACUCGGAGGAGGCCGUGGAAGAUGAAGAUGAGGGAGAUGAGGUUGAGAGCGACGAGGAUGGUGAUGAAGCGAACGAGUCGGAUAAUGAUUAUGAUUCGGCCAACGAGGAUGAAGACUGUGAGAGUGCGGAUGGCUGGAGCGAGCAACGCACGAAGAGCAAUGCCCAAGGCCCCCGUCAAAAGGGCUGA